ACCUAUAUCCAGCUACGAAAAAAACGACGGAGUAUAUUCUUGCCUUUUAACUGGUGGUUUAUCAUUUAGCGACGGCGUUGGUAUGGCGUUGUGGUUCCUCUCCCCCUCUCCUUCCCUCUCCCUCUCCCUUCCCCUACAUCCAUAUUUCGCUUCUUCCCCUCACUCCUUUGGGUGGUUGGGUUUUGUCUUAUUACUUCCUUCACUUCCACGGUUUUCUUCUGUCUCUCACCUAGGUUUGGGCUUGAAUCAAGGAGCUGGCUGGAGGUGUGCUUGGAACGCUCACGUGUGUAAAUAUAUCAUGAAUGAUUGGUUGAAGGGAGCUGUCGACAAUGGGGGCUGUAGUUUGGGUUGAGAAAAUGAAAUAUGAAAUUUUAAAAUCAACGCGAGGAGCAGUACACGGGUCGUU